GUCCAGGACUAGAACUGCAGUCAACCAUGUGGGAGUCCAGAACCCUUAACCACCAUGCCACCUGCCAGCCCUAGAUGGACAGGCCUUUGAAGAAUUGCUGAAGAGUUCAAAUUUAUGGGAAGAAAUCCAUCAGGUGUGUCAGGCUGGAGGGUUAUAGGUAUAGUUCACAGUUAAUCUGGUGUGGCAUAGAGUGUUUGCGUAGUAGGGAAGUGACAAGGGAGGAAGCAGGCGAGCUCCUGGAAGGCGAGCUCCUCGAAGGUCCAGGAGAAGGGCGGGCCUCUAGGCAUUGGGAGUCGGGUACAUGCAGUCCUUCCUUGCCUGCCAGUUCACUGUGCCAGGCAAACCUGGUUGGGUCACCUGUGUUAGAGAACUUCUAGAAAGAUAGUUCAGUUUGGGACCGCAAACAUGAUGUGUAAUAGCUCUCUCCCAGGACUAAAUAGACCAUUCCAGAUCCCAUUGAGGUCUCCUGCGUUCCUGCUUGCGAGAGCCACUGUAAGGAUGAUGGGAGGGAAACCCAGGAGCGGAUCACAGGAGCAGGAGACGCACCAGCAGCAGCCGUGUCUAGCCUUCCGGCUCUGGAUCGUGGACACGCACACACGCGCCCAGCAUGAGUUUUAAGCCACCGGGUCCAGGGCUUGAACUGCAUUCGACCCACGUGGGAGUCCAGUGAUGCAGCCAUUAGGCCAUCUGCUGGUCCUGAGACCUGACCUCUCCUGAGCGGUGUAUGCUGGGCCACCUAGCCAGCGCCAUCGUGUUGGUGAUGUGGCCCACAAAACUGAGCAGGCUGUUUCCGCACUGAAGUCUCCUGUGACGCCACCUCACCUCCAGAAUCACGUAUUAGUCUGUUAUGUUCUGAACCCACACAUGUUUUCGGAAGGACCAGAUGGCUGACCACUGGCUAAUGGGAACCAAAAGACGAGAGUGAAAGUGACCCGGUUGUCACAAACCCCCAGCUUAGAGGUGCUCCACCCUGCCCCAAGAUCAAUUUCCUUUUUCUCUGGAGACUUCACCCUGCUGUAUCAAAAAACUUUGCUACAAGCUGCCUGUCUGAGGUGGGAGAUCAAUGCAGCCCGAGCUGUGGCCGGCGUCUGCAGACCGGGAGUCCACACUAGCCCUAAUCAGAGAGCCCUGGUGUGCGGGAACUGCCAGUUUGCCGACGUGAAAAGAGCCCCAGGCUGGGUACUGGUGAGCCCUGAAGCCGCAGCCCAGCUCUGCCACUCAGUGAGCAGCACGGGGCAGACUGAAGGGCUCUGCCCUUAAAGUGCAGUGCCACUGACUAGCUUGAGGGCUGGCGCCACCCGUGGGUUUCCUUCACAGGCGGACCUAUUCCCUUGGCUACAGCAACAUCCCUAACCCCGACAGCCAUGGAGAGGUUCUUACAAGGAACAUGAGUGAGUGUGGGAGUGGCUCACCACUCUGGGAAACAAACUCACGUCCUGCUGAUGGUUGGCCGAGGACUGUCGUGUCCAAUACAGAGAAAAGCAUGUGGCACAGUUUAGGACACAGGUAUGGCUUCGUGGAGUUCGACGACCUGCGGGAUGCGGAUGACGCCGUGUACGAGCUGAACGGCAAGGACCUCUGCGGAGAGCGAGUGAUCGUGGAACAUGCCCGGGGCCCACGGCGCGACGGCAGCUAUGGCUCGGGACGCAGUGGAUAUGGUUAUAGAAGAAGUGGCCGUGAUAAAUAUGGCCCUCCCACCCGCACAGAAUAUAGGCUGAUUGUGGAGAACUUGUCGAGUCGAUGCAGCUGGCAAGACUUAAAGGAUUACAUGCGCCAGGCCGGAGAAGUGACCUACGCAGAUGCUCACAAGGGCCGCAAAAACGAAGGGGUGAUUGAGUUUGUCUCUUACUCGGAUAUGAAAAGAGCUUUGGAGAAGCUGGAUGGGACAGAAGUCAACGGCCGCAAGAUCCGAUUGGUUGAAGACAAGCCGGGCUCCAGGCGGCGCCGGUCCUACUCUAGGAGCCGCAGUCACUCGAGCCGCAGCCGCAGCGGGAGCCGGAGCAGGAGCGAGCGCAGCCGGAAGCGAGGCAGCAAGCGCGACAGCAAGGCGGGCAGCGCCAAGAAGAAGAGGAAGGAGGAUGCCGACCAUUCGGCCUCCCGCUCCCGCUCGCCGUCCCGCUCCGCGUCCAAGGAGCGCGAUCACGCCAAGGCGGAGUCUGGCCAGAGGGAAGGCCGCGGAGAGGGGGAUGACGCUGGCGCCGCCCAGGAGGCCCGGUCCAGGUCAAGAUCCAGUUCCAAAUCGAAACCAAACCCGCCGUCAGAAUCACGCUCCAGAUCAAAAUCCGCUUCAAAGACCCGAUCCCGGUCCAAGUCGAGGUCCCGGUCGGCCUCCCGGUCGGCCUCCCGGUCUCGAUCCAGGUCCCACUCGAGGUCCUAACGGCCGGCCGCGGCUGGGACUGCUGGGAGCGCUUUUGUACAGGUUUGGUAGCGUAGCACAAGUGGUGGGAGUAGGACCCGCGUCCCCGCUGUACAUUCUAACUGCCCGGUGGUGUGUCUGUACUUGUCCAAUCUCAGUGCUUCCUCUCAGUAAAGCCUCCUGGCACCAGGCCUUCCUGCUCGACUGAAAACAAACCUCUUGGAAAACCUCCCCUUACUCACGGCCCAGGCCUGCGGUAGUGUCCCAGGCCUUGGCUGCCAGGCCUGGCCUGCCCUCCGGGAGCUCGGUGCCCGCGCAGCCCCAAGGCUGGAACGAUGGCUAGGUGGGUAUGUGAGCUCAGCCGUUUUUGCCCUUGAGUUGAUGCCCUUCGGUGUAUGCCAUUUAGUGAAAGUGCUAAGUCUUAAGUUUCCCACCACUUCGGUCUCACACUUUUGGACUUAACAGAGUUGUCGAAUAGCACCGUCGAGGAGAAUCGACCCUGCAGUGCCCAUAGGGAGUCAGCUGUAGAGUUCCACGUUCUGGUAUUGUGACUAUAUUGUUUUAUAUUAAAAAA